AUGAUUGUGAUUCGACGGCCUUCACGAAUAUUUGGUAGUCGUAAGGCUGCACCAGGAGCUCUCCCAUGUGCCUCGCAGCUCCUUUAUCGCAGAUAUUACGAGACUGACAUGAACAGCGAUGUGGUUGUUGUCGGUGGGGGAACCGUUGGUUCUGCUCUCGCCUGUGCAUUGGGUCGCAUUCUUCCAACAUCAUAUUGUGUGUCAUUGAUUGACGAAAGCCCUACACUUGAGCCUUUGGAAUCCAUCAAACCAUUCUCGAAUCGACUGUUUUCCAUCACUCCUGCUUCUGCUCGCUUCUUACAAGCAAUCGGUGCUUGGUCGCAUUUGGAAAAAUCCCGUAUCAAACAAUACACGUCCAUGCAAGUUUGGGACGCUGCCGGUUCAGGAUUCGUACGCUUUGAUGCGUCUUCGGACUCAUCGCCGAUUGCAUGGGUCAUUGAGAACUUGAAUUUGCAACAUGCUCUCCAAAAGGCUAUAGCAGAGCUAGGACCUGAGCGUGUGAGAGUCUUCAGCCCUGCGUCGGUGCAGUCAAUAAGGAAGGGCACAGGUAUUGACUCUUGGCCACAAGUCUGUAUCAGGGACGGACCAGUUUUGACCACCCGCUUGCUGAUCGGAGCUGAUGGUACUCGAUCCAGCGUGCGUCAAUUUGCCAAUAUUGACACAAUCGCCAUCGACUAUGAUCAACGUGGUAUCGUAGCAACCCUCAGAGUCGAUGCAGUUGAAAACACAAGUGCUUGGCAAAGAUUCUUACCAACUGGUCCCGUUGCAUUGCUUCCACUCGAUGAAUAUCAUUGCUCACUGGUUUGGUCAAUAAGCACAGAUUUGGCGAAAAGGAUUUCACUGUUGCCAGACGAAGCCUUUGUUGCAUUGCUGAAUACGGCACUGCUGAACCCGCCUCAAGACGUUCAGUUUUUAUGCUCUCAAAUCUCAGCUGAAGGAACGACCAAUGUAGAUUUCAGCCAUGAGUCUGCAUGGGGACGAAAACGAGUGCCGCAUAUUGGUCCUGUGCCACCACUUGUGGUGAAUGUACUUGACAAAUCCCGAGCUGCCUUUCCUUUGCGAUUAUCGCAUGCUAGUAGAUACGUAGCUCCUAGGAUUGCUCUCAUUGGUGACGCUGCACAUACAAUACAUCCACUUGCAGGGCAAGGCUUGAAUCUCGGCCUCGCUGAUGUAGAGGUGCUUUCAAACGUGCUACAAAAUGGGGUUGAAUCUGGACAGGACAUUGGCAGUGUCAUUCUACUCGAGGAGUAUGCCAAGCAAAGAUAUACCUCAAAUGUGAUGAUGCAGACUGGUGUACAUGCAAUUCAAAGGCUGUUUGGUACAGAUUCGAUAGUUAUCGGGGGUUUGCGUUCGUUCGGAUUGAAUGUGGUGAAUUCGUUUGGAUCACUGAAGAAUCUACUCAUGAAGUUAGCUGGCGCGUAA